UCCAUUGAUUCAGAGGAGAUCGUUGCCCCAGGCCAGCACCGAGCCUCCCUAUCAGAUUUGACUUGCAUUGAAGAUAUUGAAGCUCUUACAGUACGUCAGCUAAAAGAAAUACUAGCACGAAAUUUUGUAAAUUACAAAGGGUGUUGUGAAAAGUGGGAGCUGAUGGAACGAGUGACAAGGCUAUAUAAUGAACAAAAAGAUCUUCAGAAUCAGGGUGGGAAUGAAUCAUCAGGUGUCGAUGAGAAUCUCUGUAAAAUUUGCAUGGACUCUCCAAUUGACUGUGUGCUGCUGGAGUGUGGCCAUAUGGUCACAUGUACCAAGUGUGGGAAGCGCAUGAGUGAGUGCCCCAUCUGCAGGCAGUUUGUUAUCCGGGCUGUACAUGUCUUCAAGUCUUGAAUAUUCGCAACUACUGUGAAACCGUAUCAGAUCAAUUGGAGACGUGCAUUUUCACAACCUAGACCCAGGCUGCUGAUUUAAACAUAUCUGGCUGCUGUUAUUACUAGUAAGUCAGCUAAUGCAUUUUGACCGCCCUGAAUGAAAACACUAUUUAAUUAUGUAGAAAAUAUUUAUCAUAAAGUAUAUAUCAUUUACCUUGGGCAGGUUGAAAGGGUAUCUUUCCAACUAACCUUCUCCUACUCUAGAAAGUAAGGUAAGAAUGAAUGAGAGAAAUAUGAUUGGAAAGAGAAGUACAAGAAAAAGCCAAAACAGAAAGAAGUUAAGCUAGAAUCACUGAUCUUGUGGCACUCCAUGGAACAGGUAUGGUUGAGUUGUUGUAGCUUUUGGCUUAUUUUGAAAAUUGCAGGUGAAUUGACAGAACACAAGAACAGGCUGGAAGCAGCAGAGAGAAAAGGAAAUAAUUAAAUAUAAGCUAGCCUCUAUUUGGGAUAUUUGGUACAUUUUGAAGCAGUAUAUGCUUAUGUUUUGGUCAUUCAAAGUUUAUCAGAAUGGCUGCAGGCACCUUUAGAAAUAGUGCAAUUUGUUCUUUUUUGUAGUUCCUUGGGAUGGGUUGGUCAUUAAAUUAUACAGUGGAAACUUACAUGAGAAAUUAAAGUAGAAGAAAUGGAGCUGCACUAAAAUAAGCAAGUAUUGGUACAUGGUCAUCAUGCUAAUUGUCAAAAUGCCAGUGGAACAAAUGAAGAUCCUUCAAUUCCAGCUGAAACCUAGCUCCGUUCCCUGUUUGUUUAGCUCAAUUUUUACACCUAAAACCAGUGAAGUGAUUUAGAUACGUAGAAAUGUGAGGUUUUUUCAAGUGUAUUUGAUUGCUAUUGGACAAAACCUUGACCAGCAGUUAAAUAUACAUUGGGUUGAUAAAAUGCACCAUCUUCAUCUUAUUGCGCCCCAAACCUUUUAAAUUAAACAUGAAUCCCCGUAUUUUUUACACUUCAGUGCUAUCUGAAUUUUCCUGUGCUCCAUAGACCGAAUGUAUAUAUUUAAAGAUCAGUACAUGUGCACAAUUUAAAAACAUAUGUUUAUUAUUUAAAUCCAGCCUAUUGAUCUUUAAUGUUGCAUUGAUGCCUACAGUGCAAUAAUGGCAUGUAAAUGUUUACAAGAUUAUAAAACAGGUUAAAGUUCAAACAAUGUAACAUUGUACAUUCUGUUAAAAUGUUUAAGUGAUUUCUGCCUGCUGACCAUCCAAAUUGAACGGUUGGUCUCAGUGCCCUCGUACUUUGUCAAAUCUAUUUUGUUUCUUUGUAGGUAUUGAUUUUCCAUUUUUGACAGUACCAGCAUUGUACCCUGUAAAAUUUAAUUUCUCAUUUCCUUCUCUUCGCCCUCAAAACCAAACAAAACCAUGAUACCAAAUGAACUUAUUAUGAAAGUGUCUUUUAUUAAGGAAUAUUCAAAUCUGUUGUGCCUUGUAGUUGUUAACUUGUAUAGUGCUUUACUUGCCAAUUAAGUUUUCAAUAUGUAAACAUUUUGGUAUAUUGAUGUUGGGAUUCUAAUCAAUUUGAUUCUAAUCAAUCUGUCAGUCAUUUGACCUGUUUAUUAUACUGUACCUGCGGUUAUUCUAAUAAUGGAGAAUUACAGCUUUUGUCCACUUGCAGAGACAUGUUUACAGAUUCUCACUUUUUCUCAGGAUUGAAGGCCUGUUUCCUGCCACAGUUUUCUUCAACUGCAUUCUUCCCAUUUUAAUCCUGUUCUCUAGCAUAGGGUUUAUUUAACUUGCAAACCAAUUGUGCAUAUAUUUGAAAUGGUGCUCCUUGUAGCUUUAAGGUAGUAACUUGUGGGAAUUAUGAAAACCAAUGUCUCAGUUGUUGCGUUUACAUUAAUGCAAAUAUUUGAGAAGCCUUAAUGUUCCUGGACCAGAACAUUAUAAAAUGUGAUUUGUGAAUUGUACCUUAAUCUGCCAGGCCCUUUCAUCCUGUAAACUUCAAGAUCCUGGAUAAAGGUACAUUAGCACCAACCACCUUUCCACAAAUGCCAAAAAAAGAUGAGCGAAUAACAUAGGUCUCCAACUGAGUCCAAGAAAAGCUCCUGUCAGAGGUUUUCUACAUGGAUUUCCUUGUGUUAUACAGAUAUUAAAAACCAUAUAAAUCCCUCACGUAAUCCCUUUUUGUGUUGCAUCCAUUUUGGCAGCAGUGGUAUAUUUUCAUGGGAAGAAUUACGUCAAGUAGUCAUCCUCUAGUUCAUAAAUGCCACCUUGAACCUGCCUGAAAUCAGGAAAUGCUGUACUGUAGGAAUGCUGUACUGUUUCACACUUUGUUUUAGUUCUUCUUUUUGCCUCUGUCCACCCUGAAACAUCAGGUGAAUGCUAUUGAAGUGUGUGGAUGUAUGGUAUGCCUAAUCUGAGGGGCAGGAGUUUGCUGUUGAGUAAAGCUCUUCAUAGAUUGCCCUUUGUAUAUGCACACAAACCAACACUUUCCUUCCUCUCCUGUAUCUUGUUGAAGCCUAAAUGGUGCGGCCGAGAGGUUAGAUUGAAGUGGUGGUGCUGGAUGUGUUUAACACACAGAGUAGAUUGCAUGCAAAGACUUCAUUAUGAGAUAAUGGAGGAACAGGGGAGAGAGGGAUGAAUUUCUUCAACCGUUCUCCUGCUCUUUCACUAUAACUAGCCAGGGAACCUCCCACCUUUUGCCAAAGUUAUACUGGGUGGAAGCCCCAAGGAGAUUAGCCUUCAAUUUAUUUAAAUAUCUUGGAAUCGUACUUAUGUUAAAGUAAUGAAUGUAAAGGCUGGACUUUGGGGGGCAAAAAAAGACAUUCCUACAGAGUUCGCUGAGGUUUCUACAACUAUAGUGAACUGCAGUGUUUACAGCUUUACCGGGUGUUCUAUUUGAUGCCUACAAGCAUAUCUUAAAACAAAUGCAAUAUCUUUUGCUGUCUUAUGGCAAAAUGGCUUCUGCAUAAAGCACUGUGAUAUGGACAAUCUACUGAAAGUUCAAUUCCACUAUUGUCUUUCUAAAUGAGAUUUUCUAUUAUAUGGAUCUCUAAUUGGAAGUUACAAACCAAAAACAUGUUCUUUUUAUAAAAGCCAGCUACUGUGGGGAUGCUGGAAAUCUGAAAUAAAACAAAAUGCUGGAGAAACUCAGCAGAUCUUGCUGCAUCUGUGGAGAGAGAAACAGUUAAUGUUUCAAGUCCAAUGUGACUUCUUAAGAACUCAUUCCAAUGCAUUUUUAUUUGUUUCCUCUUUCAUGAACAUUCAUCUUAUCUUGAGUGUUUCUGCACUGAGAUCUUUACCACACUCCAGUUUCUCUGGUGUUUUGCAAAUCGGCACAUAAUUGUACAAGAAUUGUGUUUGAAGAAUAAGUAUCUUCAUGGCAAAAUGAACUUACCCUUUCCCCUCCAACUCAGUAUGUGCUGUGUUUCUGUUUCAUCGUGUUCUCUUAAUAGUGUUAUUUAUUUAUUUUAAUUGAUUCAGACUCCGGUAGUUUACAGACCUUAUAAAGUGGACAGACUGUUUGGGAGAUUUGGCGGAUUAUUCCUAAUACAAAACUAACAUCCUGUGUAAUCUAAAAGAUACAAAAAUCACAAUGUUGUCUGAAGUGCCUUAGAUAUUGUUUUAAAUCUUUUUUGAUGUGGAGGUGCUGGUGUUGGACUGGGAGGGACAAAGUCAGAAGUCACAUGACACCAAGUUAUAGUCCAACAGGUUUAUUUGAAAUCACAAGCUUUUGGAGCUGCUCCUUUGUCAGGUAAAUCUUGAUUAAGUUGAGGGGGUGGAAAGGGUAUCUUUUUACACAGAAUGGAAAUAAAAGGCAAGCAUGAUUUUUUGGUUCUGUAGGCCUAGCUGCUUUAAAGGGAAAUGAUAAUAGUCCUUUAAAAGGAAAGUAAAAGUUAUUGGUCUAUACAAGCUCCCAUUUUAAAGAUGUCAGGGCCAGUUUUCUUCACUUCGAUUUGAGCAGUGACAUUGCCAACACAGUGUGUCUGCUGAGAGGCUCCUAAACAGCCAAAACUUCGUUGGCAAAACAACGUGGAAAUCAUGUGAUAAGUUCACCAGCUGAUGAUGUUGUGCCCUGGUAAUUUUGAAAUUGGCAUCCGUCCAACCCACAAUUUUGUUAAGUUAUUCUGAUUGUAGCCGUCAGAACAGCUGAGCAGUGAGGGAGUUCUGGGGGAAAAGAAAUCGGGAAAUCCUAGAAUGACUCGGCAGAUCAGUGAAGAAUCAGUUACCAUUACAGGUCAAUGACAUUGUAUCAGCUAUAUGUUGAUUUAAAAUAAAGCUACUUUCCCUAAAAGUCCCCUUAAAAACAUGUUCAAAGUAUUCUUUUUAUGCAUAAAAUGACACAAUAUUAUGCUCAAUUUGUACCACCCCAUUAUCACGUAUUGGCGUUUGUAUCCUGAGGUUAUCCAACCAUUGUCCCAUGUUAUUUUUUGGACUAUUGAGAGACAAUACCUUCAUUUCUAACCAUUUAUUACUUGAAUUGACUAAAAUGUAUAAAUGAAGGAAGAUUUCAGCAAAAGGCUAAUGGUUGCUAUACAUGACUUUGAGCUGAGAAAGUGAAAGCUGUUAUCACUUGUUUUACUACAUCCUUCAUUGCUACUAAACCCAGAUCUACGAAGUUUGCCCAUGACGGACAUGCCCAAUGCUCAGUCAACAGUGUAGUGGAAAUGAAAGCGUUCUAGAUUAAGUAACCUGUUACAUUAGUGGCAAAUUAUACAUGGGCUGUGAUUGGUUUUGAAACACGUGAAGAGGUAAUCAGCUAUCAAACUAAUUUCAUAAUGUUAAUUUUUUUCCACUAGAAAUUAAUACUUAAAGUAUUUUCAUAUCCAAAUACUUUAAUGCCUCACAUUUGAACAAAACGUAAAAUCAAUGUAUUAUCAGUAAGGCUGCAUUUGAAACAGAGAUGGAAUGGACGUGUUAACCCUAAGUCAAUAGAAUAACUUGUUUAUUGUGCAGUUAAAAUCAGCUGGCUAUUUUUAGUGAUUUAAUUAUGGUGUAACAGCACUGGAAACUACUUUGUCUGAGAACUUGACCUUACUUUCUGCUUGUAUUUCACGUUAGUACUUUCUGCAUCAAAAGAAAUUGGUGUGAAUUUAAUUAACAGAACUAAUUUCUUGGAAAUGGCAAUCUAAAUCAAUCCCUUUGUGAAAGCUUUACUAACUGAAAUACCAUAUUACGUUGUCCAUUUGUCUUCCGAACUUUCAAGAUCUACUCUAAGUUUAGCUUAUUUUAAACUUGCCACUUUUCAACUCCUCUUCUAUCUAGGUACUUGCUUUAAAUCCUGUCUCUACUUUUUAAAAUCAAGAUUUAUCUUAAAAACAAGAUUAAUUAACAGGAUUUAACAAUGUAACUUUAAUUUGAAAGUCAGUGUGGGUAAAUGAAAGGUGAAGACACUCAUGAGGAUGUAAAUCCAGUUUCGGGCCAGACUAAGAGUAAUAUCUGAAAUAAACUUUCAAAUAAAAGUUUUCUCCUCCCUUCAUUUUGUAAUAAAACAAAAAAUGUUUUGUUGCAAAACGAUAUUGGUGUGAUUUUUAAAAAAUCAAGUGGAGCUUGUUCUGUGAAGACUGGUAAUUGAAAAAUAUUUACAUGGGAAAUACAUAUCUCGAGUUGAAUAUAUAAUUUCGAAAACAUUAAUGCAUUGAUAGAUUUUUGUUUUCAUUAAGUGUUAUUUUAAACAAUAAGUCUUGAAUAUAACAGCAUUGAAUGCAGUUUUUUUUUUGUAAUGCAACUGACUGUGUCAGGAGCAGAAUUAAGAAUAAGGCAUAAAAUGCUUCAGUUCUUCUGUCAUAUGGGUAGCUUUUAUUGAAUUUAUUUUCACUUUGUGGGGUUUAUUGUUUCCUUUUUCUACUGCUUUGGGAAAGAAGUGAAUAGUUCUGCAGAGACGUGGGUAGACUAAAUGACAGAUCCUCAUUUAUUGUGCUAACUUGUAUGUUCCAUGGACAUGGUCUGAUGGAUUACAAAACUUAUCAUUUCUCUACACUGGAAAAUAUUGUCUAAUCUGAAUAAGCAGAAAUUUUAUAUUGGUUAUACGGAAAAUUCCUGGAAUCAGCUUCUUGGCUAAUUUUAAAGUUUGUAUAAACUUCCUUGUACACAGUUUUAGAUUUCAUUUUUCUGAAUAAUAAAAAGUAUAUUUGGAA